CUGAUAGUGUGUGUCCUGAUUUUUUAAAAUCAAACCAUAGAGAACUCUGCUCUAGUAUGCAAAUGUGCAUACUUUUAACAUUUUCAAUGAUUUUUUACCUGAUCUAGUAGAUUAAUUGGGCAAAACUGCACUGGGUCAAAGUCAAAGUGCAGAAGGAGGGCAUUACGUGGAUAAAAAUGCUCCAGAGUUGUAUGGUAAGGGCAGAUAUGAGAUCAGGCAAGGGGACAUACAGGACUUGGCUUUGGCUAUUAGCCUCACUGGCCUUUUUGUCCUUAAUUUUUCUGACUGAUGGAUCACCCAUGAAGGUGAUGUCUGCCCCCAACUUGUUGGGGGUAGGAACAGCACAAAACAUCUUUGUGGAGUGUCAAGACUGCACUGAUGAAAGCGAUUUAAUGGUUGAAAUUAGUGUAAUGAGCUAUCCGACCAAAUCCAAAACGCUGAUAUCAACAUCUGUGAACCUCAACAGUGCAAAUAAAUUUCAGGCCUUUGGACAAAUUAAGAUCCCCAAUCAAGGCUUCAGUAGGGAUCCACAAAGGAAGCAGUAUGUUUACCUGCAAGCUCAGUUCCCUGAUGUGAAACUGGAGAAAAUUGUCCUAGUGUCCUUCCACUCUGGAUACAUCUUCAUCCAGACGGACAAGACUCUCUACACACCCAACAGCAAAGUUCAUUACAGGUUAUUUGCACUGACCCCUAACAUGGAACCAGUGGAGCGGGACAAUUCCACCAUAAGUGAUACCUCUGUUGCCAUUCAGUUUGUGAACCCUGAAGGCAUCAUUUUCCCACUCGAUACAGUUUCUGUGAAAUCAGGAAUCCACUCUGGACAUUUUCAACUUAAUGAAAUUGUCAGCACUGGACUGUGGAAAGUGAUGGCGAGUUUCCAGAGUAAACCACAGUUGAGCUAUUCUGCAGAAUUUGAGGUCAAGGAUUAUGUGCUGCCCAAUUUCGAGGUCAAGCUGACGCGUGAAAAUCCUUUCUUCUAUGUGGACAGUGAUGAGCUCACCAUCAACAUCAAAGCUACCUAUCUGUUUGGUGAAGAGGUGGAUGGGUCAGCUUUUGGGGUAUUUGGAGUUUCGCAUCAGGACCAAAAGACAAAUUUUCAGGCCUCGCUUCAGAAAGUGUCGAUUGAGAAUGGUGUAGGAACAGUCACGCUGAAGAAAGAGCACAUCAAACAGACCUUUGAAAACAUCUCCAGCCUGGUGGGGAGCUCCAUAUUUGCAGCUGUCAAUGUGCUGACAGACAGCGGAAGUGAAAUGGCAGAGGCAGAGCUGACAGGUAUUCAGAUUGUUACAUCACCUUACACCAUCCACUUCAAGAAAACGUCCAGAUAUUUCAAACCAGGAAUGUCCUUCGAUGUUGCGAUUGAGGUUUUGAAUCCUGAUGGCUCUCCUGCACAAGGUGUUGCAGUGAUGAUUGACCCAGGUGAUGUCCAAGGCUUUACCGCAGCUAAUGGCAUGGCGAGGCUUACUAUCAAUACAGUCAAUAAUCCUCAACCAAUGAAAAUCAUAGCAAAGACCAACGAUGUUAAAAUUUCACCUGAAAGGCAAGCGUCAGCCACCAUGACUGCUCUCCCAUAUGCCUCUCAGAGCAACUGUUACAUUCACAUAGGGGUGGAUACAGCUGAAGUAAAAAACAGGCAAAACAUGAAGAUCAACAUUCACCUCAGUGGGCAGCAAAAUGUUCAAAAUGACAUAACGUACUUGAUACUUAGCAGAGGUCAGCUCGUGAAAUAUGGCCGUUACAGAACAAGUGGUCAAAUAAUGAUAUCCUUAAUCAUCACUGUUACCAAAGACUUGCUGCCAUCUUUCCGCAUCAUCGCCUAUUAUCAUCCAAAUGAUAACGAAGUUGUGUCAGACUCUGUCUGGGUGGAUGUAGAAGACUCCUGCAUGGGUUCGCUGCAGCUUCAAUCAGAACCUGCACCUCAUGGUUCUAAAUUCUAUGAACCUCGCAAAAUAUUUAGCCUGAAAAUCACAGGUGAUCCAGAAGCCACAGUUGGACUGGUCGCAGUUGACAAAGGUGUAUACGUCCUAAACAGUAAGCACCGUCUAACCCAAAAAAAGAUUUGGGACACUGUGGAGAACUAUGACACAGGGUGCACACCAGGUGGGGGGAAGGAUAGCAUGAGUGUAUUUUAUGAUGCUGGGCUGCUGUUUGAGUCAAAUACAGCUUCUGGAACUCCUUACAGACAAGAGCUGAAAUGUCUGAACCCCAACAGAAGAAAAAGGGCCGUUGAUAUGAUGAAUGUCACAACUACCUUAUUGAGUCAAUAUAAAGACAAACUGGAACGUGACUGUUGCUUAGAUGGAAUCCGGGAAACCCCAACUUCAUCUAACUGUGAGAAGCGCAGUGAGUUUAUCGCUGAUACAGCCUGUUUUGAGGCUUUCCUGCACUGCUGCAAGGAAAUAGAAAAAAAGAGAGCUGAGAGGAAGGAGGAUGGCCUCAAACUGGCUCGCAGUGAGGAUGAUGACAGCAGUUUCAUGGACAGCAAUGAAAUUGUUUCCCGCACCAAUUUCCCUGAAAGUUGGCUGUGGUCUGAUAUCAAAUUGCCUGCUUGCCCUGCGAACAGAGCUAGAUGUGAAACAACAUCAGUUUCGAAAAAUGUUCCUUUGCAAGACUCAAUUACAACCUGGCAGCUCACUGGUAUUAGUCUAUCAAAAACUCACGGUAUCUGUGUGGGUGAUCCAUUAGAGAUAGUUGUCCGUAAAGAUUUCUUUGUUGAUCUGAAGCUACCGGACACUGCUGUUCGUGGGGAGCAGCUAGAAAUUAAGGCAGUCAUCCACAACUAUGGUCCCAAACUUUACACAGUGCGCAUUGAUCUGACUGAGGCGGAACAUGUGUGCAGUGCAGCAUCUAAACGUGGGCAAUUUCGUCAGGAGAUUAAAGUCGGGGCCAAAAGUAUACGAUCUGUACCAUUCACCAUCAUUCCUACAAAAGAGGGACAGCACCGCAUUGAGAUCAAAGCAGCUGUCAAAGACUCAGAAUUGGGUAUCAGUGAUGGAAUUGUGAAAAUGCUACAAGUAGUGCCUGAAGGCAUAUUGAUCAAAUCUACUCAUACUCUAACUUUGGACCCUAAACAAAGAGGUACAGAUGGCAGACAAGUGGAAAUCCUCAAUAGCAAGAUUCCUGUGAUAGAUUUUGUUCCCAACUCACCUACCAGCACACAAAUCUCACUAACAGGGAAACAACAGAGAAACGUGCUCAAGAACACAAUUAGUGGGGAGUCAAUGGGUGGUCUGAUCUAUCAGCCUUCAGGAUGUGGAGAGGAGAACAUGAUUCACAUGACCCUACCAGUUAUCGCAGUCACAUAUUUAGACAGAGCCGAUCUCUGGGAGGUUGCGAACAUUGACCAGCGUCAUCAGGCCCUCCAGCACAUCACAACUGGAUACCACAACCAACUUGAAUACAGUAAAAAAGAUGGAUCUUUUGCUAGGACUCAGGAUGAACCCAGCAGCACCUGGUUGACAGCAUAUGUUGUCAAGGUGUUCGCCCUGGCCAACAAUCUGAUAGCAGUGCAAAGUGAAGUGAUCUGUAACGCUGUCAGGUUUCUGAUCGUGAACACACAGCAACGUAACGGCAUGUUUAUGGAAGUUGGAAGUGUGUCCCUCAAAGAGAUUCUUGGUGAUGUGCUUGACACAGACUCAGAUGCCUCCUUUACAGCUUUCUGCGUCAUUUCUAUGCAAGAGUCACACACAAUAUGUGCUCCAACUGUUCAUAAUCUGCAAGCGAGCAUAGACAAAGCAGUGGGCUACCUGGAGAGGCGUCUGCCAAGCUUAGUCAACCCUUAUGCUGUUGCCAUAACAUCAUACGCCAUGGCCAAUGAAAACAAACUAAACCGAGAGAUCUUCUUUAAGUUUUCUUCCCCAGAUUCGUCCUAUUGGCCUUCACCUGCAGGACGAGUUUUCACAGUGGAGGCCACGGCUUACGCUCUAUUGGCUCUUGUUAGGGCCAAGGCCUUUGAUGAAGCAAGACCAAUUGUCCGAUGGUUCAACAAACAGAUCAGAGAGAAUGGAGGCUAUGGGUCAGCUCAGGCCACAAUGACAGUGUACCAGGCAAUAGCAGAGUACUGGACCAGUGAAAAAGAGCCAGAUUACGAUCUGAAUGUGGACAUCUUGUUGCCGGGGAGGUCAAAGCCUGAUAAAUACAACUUUAACUGGGAAAACCACUUUGCUACAAGAACAUCUAAAAUCAACGUCAUAAACCAAGACGUGAAAGUGUCAGCCACAGGACCAGGAGAAGCAACACUGACGAUAACGUCGCUGUAUUAUGAACUGCCGAAAGAAAAAGAAGACAACUGUCAGAAAUUUAACAUGUCAGUGCAGCUCCUUCCAGAGUCGCUGGGUGAUGAUGAAAACAUCUACAACCUAAAAAUUAAGGUUUUCUAUAAGAACAAGGAGCGUAAUGCAACCACACCAGUCUUGGAUAUAGGCUUGCUAACUGGCUUCACUGUUAGCACAAAAGAUCUGGAUUUACAAGCCAAAGGGCAUGCCCGCACUAUUUCAAAAUACAGGCUGAGCACUGAGUCAGAGAGAAGAUUGCUCACCAUUUACCUGAACAAAGUUCCUUACACGGAGCUGGAGAUUGCCUUUAGGGUCCAUCAGAAACUGAGAGUGGGCAUCUUACAACCAGCUUCUGUAUAUGUCUACGAAUUCAGCGACCAGCUACAAAGUGAUCACACAAAAUGUGUGAGAUUCUAUCAUCCAGAAAGGAAAACUGGAGAGCUGCUGCGCCUCUGUAGAAAUGAUGAAUGCAUAUGUGCUGAAGAGAAUUGUAGUAUGCAGAAGAAGGGAAAAAUCAACAAUGAUGAACGCAAAGAUAAGAUUUGUGAGACUACAGUGAGGAGCAAAAUAGAUUUUGCAUACAAAGUGAGCGUGGAACAGUUUAAAGAUGGUUUGUCCACAGACAUUUACACAGUGCAGGUGCUGGAAGUCAUCAAAGAAGGAAGUUAUGAUGUGGGUGCUCAGGGUAGACAGCGCACGUUCCUAGGUUAUCCACACUGCAGAAUGGCUUUAGAUCUGGGAGUGGGCAAAACCUUCCUUAUGAUGGGAACAUCUGGAGAUAUUUUCAAAGAUGAAAAGAGUCAAUCGUAUCAGUAUGUCCUUGGUGAGAGAACCUGGAUUGAGUACUGGCCUACAGUAACAGAAUGUACAACUGAGGAACAUAAUUCUACCUGUUUAGCCAUUAACGAGAUGGUCAAUGAAUACAUGAUCCGAGGAUGUCGAAAUUAGUGAAACUGAAGAGAAUAAAAAAUAAUAAUCUAUAAAUAUUUUUUAAAGGUUGAGUAAGACACUUCUUAAAAAAAGGCAAACAAAAACCUGCCUUAGCAACACAGAGAAUUAGACUAGCUUUCCGAAGGAGAAAAUAAAGAAAAAAAUCAUAAACUGUAUAUUAAAGACAGACUUCCAGGUCUGUAGUGAGGCCAGUGAGGAAGUGUCUUAAACGUGCAUUCUUCCACCACAUCCCAAAUGUCCCCUGAUGGACUGAGACAGAGACAGGAAGAGGAAGACAGGCAAGAAUAGAACUGGUCGACUGCAAGGAGAUAAUAGGUGAAUUUUUCAAGUAGUAUACAGAAAAAUAAUCAGUUACUCCACAUUUACAUUACAUUUUGAAAAAAUACAGUGUAAAUGGUACCUAUAUUUGGACAAACAUGUAAGAAUCGUUUGUAAAACAUCAUGUAACAUCAUGUGUAUGAAGGUGGUUAAUAGAUAGUUAAUAAUAACAAAAAUAAAAUGUCAGCAUGUUUACCCAUGUAACAACAAAUAAAAUUAUAUAACCUGA